UUGGUUGCUGUUCGUGUGAUUCCUUGGGCAAAGGCAAACCUCAAUUAUACAGCUCAGGCACUCAUCAUAUCUGCUGCAUCCAUUGCUGCAUACUUCAUCACUGCUGACAAAACCAUCCUGGAAUGUGCAAGGAGGAAUGCACAUUAUGAAGCACAGCAUGAUAAAUCAUCGACCUGAGAUUGUUGAUCUGAUACAGUGCUACUGCAAUUCCCCUCCUGUUUUACCACUUUGUGUUCUAUGUUGUAUGUGUUGCUGCUACUGUCAGUAUCAUUUUUCAGUACUGUUUGCGAGAUAAAUGUGUUGUAAUGUACCGAGUCAGAUUGUUCUCGUCUUGGCACAAGGAUUUUUGUUCAACCAUUUUGCGUAUGUUAACUCUAGCUCCAAUGAUGAGAUAAAUGCCUAGUCUUUUGCAUAUAUAACCAUUUUCCGAGAUAAAUGCCUAGUCUUUUGGAGACCUUGUUGAGGUUGUAAAAAGUGAGAAUGGUCAGCUAUUGGAGCCUGUAAGAGAUACUAUUAGCACAACAUUUUUUUGAUUGGCAA